CAGUGAAAACAGUCGAACGUUAGCAUCGAAUUAAUGAGGAAUACAAGCACGACAGUUCAUUCUGUACACCCGUUGAAAUCGUUUACGCUUAAGUGAUUUUCGUUUAGUGACUGUUUUGAUUUUUGGUUAGAAAAAAAAGUGACUUUUUUUUAAAUUUGUGACUGUACAAUGUGUGUUAAUCAAUACACCAUGGUCCCAGCAGUAGUUAAUUUGGUAGCCACUAAGGGACGUGAUACAUAUACUGGAUUUAUCAAUGAAUUUGCGUGUUUUAAAUGCAGGAGUUUUUCGUCGAGUGAAAAAGACCUCGAAGUAGCAGAUUUAUGGAAAAAACGAGGAAAGACUGUACGGUCGCCAUCUCCUCAUAACGCAUUCAAGAGAUGGCGCAUAAAGACUAAUCUAAAAGCAGCAGAAUCAAAAAAUGGUAUCGAUGGAUCCAAGUUGGCAAUCAACUCCAAGGAUAGAACUGAAGAAGACAUGUCGUUGCUCAAAUUUUUGGCCAUUAACGCUUUAGAUCUUAGUGCGCCUGCCAGCGAUGUCCUCUUAAAAAGCCGCAGCAGUAAUUGGUUCCAACUCAGUGGUCAUCCCGAUAGUUUAGCACCUGCAGGACCGGGAACCGUCUGGAAGAAACGAUCGUCUAAUUCCGAUGACACCGAGCGUAUAGUAUACGAAGAAGUGUCACAGGAUCCCAAUCUUUGCGAUAUUAUUCCAAGAUAUUAUAGAGAAGUUGAAUAUCAGGGCGAGAAGUUUAUAGAAUUGCAAGAUUUGCUGCAUGGAUUUCAGGAUCCUUAUGUAGUUGACAUUAAAAUGGGCACUCGUACCUUCCUCGAAUCGGAAGUGCAAAAGGUUACAGCUCGAGGUGAUCUUUAUCAAAAAAUGAUCGCUAUAGAUCCCCAUGCACCUACUCCUGAGGAGCACCAAGCUAAAGCCGUCACCAAACUGCGGUAUAUGCAAUUUAGAGAACUUCAAUCAUCUACUUGUAGCCAAGGUUUCCGUUUGGAAGCUAUGAAGUGUCGUGGAUCUCCUCCGGUCACCGAUCUGAAAAAAGUGAAGUCUAGAGACGAAGUUCAUAAUACCUUAGACAUGUUCUUAGGCGGGAGAGAGGAUGUACGACAAAGACUAUUAGCAAGACUGUGCGAGAUUCGGUCUAAAAUCGAAAACUCUGAAUAUUUCACGACCAGGGAAGUUGUAGGAAGUAGCCUUUUUGUAAUUUACGAUGACACUAAAGUAGGCGUAUGGUUAAUAGACUUUGCCAAGACCAGCAAGCUGCCAGAAGGAAAGACUGUCAACCACAGGACUCCUUGGGUACAAGGAAACCACGAAGAGGGGUUACUGUACGGAUUUGAUAAACUUAUUUCUAUUAUAGAGGAUAUUCAAAAUCCCCAUUCUAACAACCGGAAAGAUCAUUUUACCAAGCCGGUGGCAGCUGUAAGAGUGAAAUCUUGAACUUGAUGGCUAGACAAAUGUUCUUUCACAUUGGCUCACUGGGAGUUCUUGAAUGGGCACCUGAGUGGAUUGUUUUUGCUGUUUCUGAGCCGGAAAGGCAAGUUAUUCAGGGUAGUUUGAAACCCUGACCAGCAUGUCAACAUAUGUAUGUGGAUGUAUCAGCCAAGAGUGGCGAGUGUAUAUUAUGUUUUGUUGAUGAAGUAUUAAAAGAAUGAAGUGAUUUUUUGACUUUUUGAUAUUUUUUGUCAAUUCUUAAAUUUGUCUAGUCAAUGUCCUGUAAUUUCGUAUUGUUUAGGUAUUUAUGAUGUAGAUUUAGAAAAUUAUAAUCAAGAUUUGUGUACUUGAGAAAACUGUAAAUAUCUGUAUAUACUGAUUUUGUAUUAUUAAAUUAUCAUUUUUUUAAAUGUCUGUACUUACAUAAUAAAAAAUAAUAAAUAA